AUGCAUAGACACACCCUUUAAAGGAAAAAUAAUCUCCAACCAUUGUAUUAUUUUGGAGUAAUUACUUAAAUAUAUUUCCCAAAUUGUGACAUGGGACAUAACUCAAAAUUGACCCCCAAAUUCUUCAUUAUUUUGAUAUAAUCCAUUCAUUAGACCCUUUACAGAUUUCUUAAUAGCAAAGAAAGAAUUUAAUACAAGCUAGAAAUGGUUGAAAUUGACUUAGAUACCCCUAUUUGGGACCAGAAUACAUUUAGUGGCAGAAGGAAAUAUUAUGCAUGGAUGACUGACCCCAGAAAUAGUCUUGUGUCAUCAGGAGCCUUAUAUCAGGCUAGAGAUCUUAUCCAUGCUGUCAGACAAAACAACAUACCACCAGGAACAACAGUCAAAGAUAUACGUAGAGCUCAGCAGCUUUAUCUAUCAGCUUUCCAUCCAGAUACAGGGGAACUUCAAAAUGUUAUAGGAAGAAUGUCAUUCCAGGUACCAGGAGGAAUGGUGCUAAUAGGAGCCAUGAUCACAUGGUACAGAGGGACAUCAUCUGUCAUAUUUUGGCAAUGGGCCAAUCAGUCAUUUAAUGCUUUAGUUAAUUAUACAAACAGAAAUGCUGCUUCAGAACUUACUACAAGCCAGAUUGUCACAGCCUAUGUUUCUGCUACAACUUCUGCUUUGGUUACUGCCCUGGGUCUCAAGUCUCUCCUAGCAAACACGAGAUCACCAAUUUUACAGAGGUUUGUUCCCUUUGCUGCUGUAGCUGCUUCUAAUGCUGUUAACGUUCCUUUAAUGAGACAAAGCGAGUUUGCCCAUGGUGUGACUAUGUUUGAUGAAAAGAAUAAUAAAAUAACAGAGUCUCGGUAUGCUGCAGUUAAAGGUAUUAGCCAGGUUGUGAUAUCCAGGAUACUUAUAGCAGCUCCAAGCAUGAUAUUAUUGCCUGUAUUUAUGGAGAGGAUAGAAAAGAAAGCCUUUAUGAUAAAGUAUGGAAAAUAUAUUUAUGCACCAUUACAAAUAGGAUUAGCUGGUUUAAGUUUAUUAGUUAUGGUACCAAUAGGUUGUGCAAUAUUUAACCAAAGAAGUUCCAUCUCCAUUGAAGAAUUAAAGAUUAUGGACCACCAUAAGUAUGACGAAGUUGUAGAGAAAUACGGGAAAAACUUACCAAAAACCCUUUAUUUCAACAAGGGUUUGUGAUGACGAUCUAUAAAUAGAUGGACCACAAACUAGUAAUAUUCACCAUAAAGAAAAUGUAUAUGAAGUAUAGACCCAUAUCCAAAAGUAUUUUAUCCAAGUAUUUGGGUGAUAAUAUUGUGCUUGAUACAAAGAGUAUUAUUUUAAAUUAAGAAAUUAUGAUAUUUUUAUUUAAUGUUUAAUAUUCUGUUGAAUGAUCAUGCAAACUGAGGAAAAAAACACAUUUUGGGUAGUAAUUUUAUUAUGACAUGUUCUGAAAUUGCAACGAGAGAUAAUACAAAAUUGUAAGCAGUUUGACAAUUAGAUUUUGUACACAUUAUAGAAUAUCUGAAAACUUAUAAAUAAAGACAUCAGUAGUAUAUGGCUGUUCAAAAGUCAUAAAUCGAUUGAGAGAAAACAAGUACUCUUAAGCAUGUAAAUGGUUUACCCCUAAUGUGAUAGAAAUAGAAGUACAUAGUAAUGUGUUCAUUUUUUGGAAAGAUCUCAAUUGUCCAGGGUAUAAAUUUCAUUGUUCAGAUUAUCUUGCCUUAAUUUGAUAUUAGUUUAGAAUGCAUGAAUUUAUAUUAAGUAUCUUUUAGACUAUUUCACAAUCAAGUAAAUCAUGUUGAAUAGGAAAUAAAAAAUAAAUUGAAGGUUUAUAACUAAAUUAUAAAUACACUUAUAAUUAACGCUUGAUGGUAAAGGGGGGAUAACUAUAUCUAAGUAUUAAGGUGAUGCCCUUGACUUACAAAUUCUAGAUUGCCAUGUUUCCUAAUACCAAUUUACUGGUUGCUAAUUUGGGGGACAGACAUAGCGUUGUCAAGGAUUACUCAUAAUAAUGAAUAGAGUAAUGUUUUAAGUUAAUGAUAUAAUGUAAAAGCAUAUAACACCAAGUUAUAUGUUGCUGUUACAAAUGAAAUAAAUUGAAAGUUUAAGUAAAGUCACUAUUCUUUUGGAUUUUGAAAAUGAAAAAAAGGGAAGGUAUCUGAAGGUUGAAUUAAUUUUAAUGUCACAAUUGCAUUUCCUUAUUUGAAAUAAAUAUAUAUUGACAUCUUUCAGCUUGCUGUAAUAUUAUCUUGAGGAACAAGGAAUUCUUAUCUUUUCAAUGCAUUUUUUUUAUCAUGUAUUAUUAUUUUUUAUUAUUUAAUGUGCUUAUAUCCCCAGCUGCUAAUUUUUAAAUGUAAGAAAUAUGUUUAUAUUUUAAACGCCUGUUUACAGGAGGUAUUAUGGUAUAGGAUUGUCCGUUCAAUGUGAACAUUUCGGACAAUAACUUAAAUAGGCUUUCACCAGUUUUCAUAAAACUUUCUAGAUAUCUAUUGAUGCAACCUCCUUUUCAGGAUUUAUGGUUUGAAAUUUUUAAUUUCUGAGUUAUGGGAUUGUAUUCACAAAAAAAUUAGUGCAUUUCCACUUUUUCUUCUUUAACGCAUUCAUGUAUUUAAAAUGUUCAUGAAAGUUAGGUGAAGUGCUUAUUUACAUUUACAGAAGUCCCAUUUCAGUUUUUUCAAUUUUCUGAUUGUAUGUUUUGAAGUAUUGCAACUUUAUUCAUAAAAAAGUGGUGAUUUUCCAGUUUUAAGAUAAUAACAUAAAAAAUGCACUUAUCAGUUUUAAUGAAUUUUUGAUGUUUUUUUUAUAAAAAUACCUAUUGAAAUAAUCUCCCUUUAAAUAAAUAUGUGAUUUUUUUUUAUAUAUAAAUCUGUAAUGUAACAUCAGAACUUUAUUUGGUGAAAAAUUGUGGAAAACUGUCCCUUAUUCAAACAUUGGAAGGUUAUAAAAUUUUAUUCAUUCCAAAAUAGAGGACUCAAACUUUUUUUAAUUUGAGGUAGUCUUAAUAGUGCCAAAUUAUUUAUGUUUUGUGUCAAUGGGUACCACUGUGUGUGUUUAUUUUUAGGGGCUGUAAUUUGAGCAGCGCUCACAGUAAUACUUGUUGAUCAUAUAAAUUCAUUAAAAGCGUGAAGAUGGGCUAAAAGAGAGAUGCUUGUAUCAUACUCUUAUUUUGAAUUCGGUUUAUUUUUUUUAUUAGAUUUCAUAUACACUUUUCUUAUAACACGAUAAUCAUUAUUUUCUGCAAGUCAUAUAAGUUAAAAUCAUCAAAAGACAAAUGAAAUAAUUUGGUGCAAGAAGGAUGCAUUUAAAAAUAAUUGGUUUGGCAUUUCGCUUUAUAUUAUUUUAUAAUUUGCUAUUUUCUUUCAACCUUGUAGUCAAAAUCACUUUCAAAAUCAAGCUUCUAAGUAAUAUUUAGAUAUGAAAACAGCCUUAUCUUGCACAUCAAUAUGUGGGGUUUUUCAGAAUAAAAAUGUGAUUUGAAUAUUUUUAUUAUUCUCAUUAAAGAUAACAGCUGUGUUGAAGAUCCAUUGGUGGCUUUUGACUGUUUACUGCUACCGUAUAGCGGGUUAUUUUCGCAGGUGUAAAAUUUCGCGAUUUUCAUUGAACACGGUAUACGAAAUAUUUUGGCGGUUAUUAUUUUGGCGGAUUAAAAACUUUAAUUCAUAUCUUUGUUAGUACACCUUUAAUUUGGCGGAAUUUAUUUUGGCGAUUUUGUUCUCUCCGCGAAAAUAAGCGAAAAUUUGCACCCCACGAAAAUAACCCGCUAUACGGUAUUUUGUCGGGUUUGUUGUAUUUAGAAACAUUCCCAAUUUUCAUUUUCAAUUUUAUCAGAUUUUUUAUUUGGUAUGACAGAGGAGCAUUUUGUCUUUUCAAGACUCUUCAAUGGUGCUCUAAUCAUAGCAGUUGAAAGGCAGACACAUUUUGUUUAUAUUUGAGUUCAUGGAAAACGUUUUUAUGAAAUAAUCAACUGUUCUGAUAAUGGAUAGCUUAAUGAUAGCAAUUGGUUUUUUCAUCAGUGCAAUGUUUUAAACAAAGUCAAUGAUGAUUUUAUUGUUUAGCAAUGAAAUAAUGAAAUACACCUGUUUUCUCUCACACAAUCAAAUAUGUAAUUCCUAUGUGGUAUGGGUUUUGCUCAUUGUUGAUGGUUAUUCUGUGACCUAUAGUGAUAAGUUUAAGAUCAUCUGGUCUCUGGUUGGAUGUUUUCUCAUUGGCAUUCAUACCUCAUCUUAUUUUUAAAUUUACUAUAACAGAAUCAAGAUUUUUGUAUCAUGUGUAAUUACAUGCAAGUUUAUGAUAUUAAAAAAAAGUUUAAACAUAUAAUAUUUCAUAUUUCAACCAUACAUUCACCAUUUUAAUUUUCAAUUCCUUAUAUUUCCUUGUAUAUUUUUUUGGUUCAUAUUAUAUUUUGUUGUUGAGAAAUCCAACCCUGUUAGAAGCCUUAUGACAUAACAAUGUACCUUUCAGCACAUUUUUUACAGGCAAGAACAAUAAUACAUUCAGAAAUAUAAUAUUUGUUUUCUAUUUGUUCCGUUGGUUGAUUUUUUGGCUUUUUAUUGGCUUCUCCUUUUCUGAAUUUUCCUUUUUAUUCUGUAUAUUUAGUUAUACCUAUUUUCUAGCAAAGUGCAUAAAGCGUAAGCAAUGAUGUACCUUAAAUGUAUAUUCCCACUUAGACAUAAUCAUUUCAUAGUAUAAUUUACUACAAUUUUUAUUUCGAACACUCAUAACAUACUGUUUAAAUAAAAUAAGUCGAGUUAUAUAAAUGUUUUAUUCAUUUUAGUAUUUUUUGCUUGUUUUUAUUGCUUUAGUGUUGUUAAUGAUUUAUUUAGGGUGUCAUUUGAAAUCUUUAAUUGAACCAGAAUGCUCACAUUAAACUUAUUUCUUAUUUAUAUUAUAUAACUGUUUUUGUUAAA